ACCUCUCCAGAAAAUGUUAGGAUUUGUGCAAAAUGACUUAAAUUAUAUUUUUUCCGGUAGAGAAUCAAACUAAUAAGAAUAGCAUUAACAUACAGAUGUAAAAUAUAUGUAUAUACUUUAGUGUACAAAUCUCGACUUAUUUCAUUGAAAACAUUUUCAUAUGAAAAAGAGGUAGCCCUUAAAAGGACUGUUGGUGCCAGGCAAAGAGCCUGUAUGCCUUCCACGCAGUCACUUUGUGUGUUUCGUACCCCAGAACACUUCCUUCGUUUUUGCUUUCUUUGUAGGGCCAAUCACCACCUCGGCACUAGUGACUAAUCAGCACAUCUGCAGCUGGUCCGCAUGUAAAGUUCUGGUCUCUGUUUAAUUUUCGCCAUCCCGAGAUCUUCAAAUCUUCUGCUGAUACCCUGUUUCUUUCUGCGACGUGCACGCUCCCGGAAUAAAAAUUGAUACAUAUAGAGGUUUCGCAAGCAGCCGCAAUGUCGGAUCAUUCAAACAACUGUGUAGAAGUUGAACUUCGACCUUUCAAGCAUCAAGUCGGGGGCCAUACAUGCGUCCUUGAGCUUACCCGUUCAACGAUAUGUAAACCGUAUGUCGAAAGAGAAGCGUGGUUCUAUGAAAAUGAGCCCGAGGAAUUAAAAGAUUUCACACCGAAAUAUCUAGGAGAAACUUAUGUUACAUGCGAUAUACAGAAUGAUAGAAAAUUCCUGGUAGCACGUGUAACGUCAGAGAUAGCAUCACGUGAUGGCCCAGCACGUGCAGAAAAUCACCACGAGCCAGUACAACAUAGUGCAUACAACCCGUGCGUGAAAAAGCGCCGAAAACGUCCUCAUAGUGACUCUAUCAGUGGUUUGGAAGCAUGGAGCUCCACGUGCAUUGACAGACAGAUUAACCAGUACGGGUUUUGGGCUAACAAUCAGCCACAAAAAUUUAUAAUAUUGGAGAAUUUGGUCUGCGAUUAUGAGCGUCCAUGUCUAAUGGACCUGAAAAUGGGCGUGCGCAAGUAUGGGCCUGACGAUGAGACUGAAGAGAAACGGAAGUUGCUUGAAGACCGGUACGCGCUGUCAACGUCUGCAACACUCGGUUUCCGUUUAUGCGGAAGUCAGGUUUACAAACCGAAGAUUAAUGUUUACACAUUCCAUGACAAAUAUUUUGGACGUGCUCUCGAUCCCGAAGGUGCCAUUAAGGAGUUGAUGCAAUUCUUCCAUAACGGUGUUGAAUUACGGGUUGACGUCAUCCGACAAGUUGUUAGCAAAUUAGAGUCGCUGCAGUCAGCCCUGAUGUCUCAGAAACGUAUCUUCUUUAAUUCAGCUUCCUUACUAAUAAUCUAUGAUGGAAAAACAAAUAGGUGUUCAACUUGUAAAUCGUGCAGUAAAGACCUCAGUUUGGACACCAAGAAUGAAAAUUCUAGUACAAAGUUAAGUGACGAAAUUGUUCAUGAUUUGAGUAAUUUAGAUACUUCAAGCGCCAUAGCAACUUGUUCUGAUACAUCGCAAGUAAAGAGUGAUAACAAUGACAAACCGUUUUGUGAGAAAUGUUUCGAUAAGGAGACGAAAACGACAAAGGUAGAUGUCAGAGUUAUAGACUUUGCCAACGUCACUGAAAACAUGGUCAGUAAAGACGGGGUUGAAAAUAUUGCCGAUGACACUAUUGUGUAUGGUCUAAUGAAGUUAAAAGAAAUUUUGGCCCAAAUUCUAAAAGAUAAUGAAUCGGUCUGAGUUUAAGACUAGAGUUGUUGUAUUUUUUUCUCUCAAAAACUGUUUUGUUUUGAAGAAAGCGGAAAUCCUUGCCACGUGAAAUAUCUUAGAUGGAUGUGUACAUCUUUCAAAUGGGAGAAAAAUCAUUCAUCAUUUAAUGCAGCAUGCCUCCAGAUUAAUGCUUAUUUUCAAAUGCAUAUAAAAGUAAAAUAUUGUGAAGUGAAAAAAGGAAGUCAUUUGCACACUGCAAACUGCACUUAUAACCCACUAAAAUUAACCAAACAGAGGCAGGAGUAUGCAAUAAAACCCUACCGCUUAGUCAGCAGUAGAAAUAUUGUGGUAAAUACCGCAAAAACAGUCAUUGAUCUCACAUAAUAUGUAAAUUUUUACUUGAAUUUUGAAUCUUAGAACAUUUUUCUCAAGUUUGACUUUCUUGAAUUAUUUUUGGCGCAUCUGGAGGCAUGCAGUUUUAAUGUAAAAUUUGAAAUAUAUACUGUCAGAAUAGUAAGACGGCACGAGCCAGGUUUACUGGCUGACCUGAUACCUGAUGGAUAAUGUUAAAGAAAAAAGAAAUUAUUUUCUUGUUUCAUUUGUAAAAGAAAGAUUUUGUAUUUUAUAUUUUUAACCUUUAUUAUAGGCAUCGGCAUAAAUCUGUUCUCUAUAUAUUUAGUUAUUUUGAAUAUAAUCUUUAAAUUUUGGUAAAACAGUUUGGUUUUAAAGGAGUUUUUAAUACAAUUUAAUGUUUACUAUUUGUUAUAGCUAAUCAUAAGCGAUAACUAAUUACCAUUUUUCAUAUGUCUCAAAAACGUCUUACUCUACAUUUAUUUUGUUUUUUUACUGUUUUAUUGUAUGUGUUUUUUUAUUGUAGCAAUAUAAGUAAGCAUUUAUAUAUGUCAUAGAAAAUAGAAUAGGCUUUUAUAACCUUUAACCUUCAGGAACCGAAAUGAAUUAGCCUUUGCCACCAGUAUAAAGUCAGGCCAGCCUGGACCUGAGGGCGAUCUGAUCUAGUCUGGUUCCCUGCCUACAUUUACCCUCGGCUAUUAUUCAUAAUAACCCUUAAGACUGACGGAAAAGGCCGAAACGUUGUGAUUGACAUUUACUACUACGGAAACGUAGUAUAAGGGGAAGGAACUCCAGACUAGAUCUGAUCUGGCUCGAUACUUUUGGGAGAUCAAGUUUUGUAUUCUGAUAUUGAAAUUCCUGAAUGUUUUAACUGACAUUCCAAAUUAAAAAUAUGGCAUAUCUUAUUCAGUAGGUUAAGGGUUUACGUGAUUUUAUGACGUCACAAAGAAAUAGAAAGGGAAUCGAAGAUCCUUGUUUUAAAUAGUGUACAGCUCAAUUAAAAUCUUAUUUCCGUUUAAGUGCAGAAAAUUAUAUAUUUGCCAAAAAAAUUAUUGUUUGAAUUUCUUAUAAAAAGCGCUUUCAAAAUGCGUGUAUGAAAGAAAUAUGUAAGGAUAUUUUCCCAAUAGCAAAUGGUGCAUGCACAAAACAUUGCUAAACUUUAUAAAACCUUACUUAUAAUAUUCAGUUGUAUUCGAUUACUGAGACAUUCUAGGUAAGACUGGACAAACAAUACAAUUUUAUUGAAAAUAAGUUAUAUAAAAAAUAUUUAAACAAAUAUGUCUGUGUACUAUUUAAGUGUUCGGCAUAAUUGUUAUUAUAAGUAGGACUUAGAGCUUGAAAAUCAGUUUAAUUUACAUAAUAGUUGUAUAUAUUUUAAAAUUGAUAAUGUUUAUUGUUAGAGUAAAUUAUUGUUGGGUUAAUUGUAAGAAUAGAUAAAUCAUUAUUUUGUUUAUCUAAACAACACUGCCAAUGUUGCAAUAUAUAUAGUUAAAGCAUAAUACAUGUUAAUUAUUCACCUACAUUAUAACAUUAUACUAGUAUUCGUAAAUAAUGUGCUCUUUACAUUCUAGAAUAGUGUUAUGAAACCUCGCUCUAAAAUGCUAAACUGUGCAAUUACAUAUAUUCUAAAAUAGUUUAUGAAACCAUGUUAAUUAGUCGCUGAAAUGUGCAAUGGGAAAAAUGAGUAAACAAGCAUCCUUAUUUCUGACUGUCAAAUAAGUAAAAAAAAUAUAUAUAUAUAAUCACAUCUAUGGAACAACAAAAGUGGUCUAGACUGAACUGAUUAGAGGUAACGCCAUAUGCACUUAGGUUUAAAUGCUGUUCCAUUCAAAAAUUCAAUUAUCGAAAGGUAUAUAUGCAUUUACGGAAGACACAAUUCUGCAUCUUUUAUUUUGCUUCCAUCCCCGUGAUAAAAAUCAAAUUUCAAUCGAAUUUACACCAUCGUGUAGUCAAUUGCAUUUCUGCGAAUGUUUAUAUCAAAUACGCCAAUAUUUUGCUUAAAUGAGUAUACAAUUUACAAAAUUUACCAGUAACCAAGUGUUCAAUUUCUUUAGCACCUUAGUAUAUACAUGUAUAUUAUUUUAUUUAUUCAACGAUAGUCAUAGAGUGUCCGUGCAUACAUAUUAUUAUUAUUAUUGUUAUUAUUAUUGAAACUUAUCAUAAAAUAUCAAAGCUAUAAAUUUUCAUAUUCAUAAAAGAGUUUUCAAAUAGAUGAUUAUACAUGUACAGUGUUUUUGUUUUGUUUUGUGGUUAAAAUAUAAAACUGAUGUGCCAGAUAUAUAUACACGCGCGCGUGCGUGCGUGUUAAGUGCCUUAAAUGUCAUUACAGAGCUAUUAUUAAGUUAUUUACUUAUUGUUGUUAUUAUUAUCGUUCAUUGUAAAUGAAGUACAUUUAUGGGAGUAUUGCAUUUUAGAGAGAAAAAAAACUUGCGCAGAGAAUUUCUAGAAACAUUGUAUAAUAAAUGAGAAUGUCAUGGUCAUUUUAGAGUUAACUGCCCCAUAAUUUGAGCUUUCAUCUUUCAUUUCUUUUGUUGGUAAAGUGACGUUAUAUUUGUUGAAGUGAUGUUUCUUUUAUUUCAUUAACUUUUUUUCAAUUUGUAUGUCUUGGACAACGGGUCUUAUCUGAUUAAUGUUAAGGCUAAGUAUAUAUAUUUGAAACUGUUGACAUAUAUUUUAUGACGAAAACUUAUUAAAACUUAUUAUCAACUUUC